AUGUCAGUUAUUUUUUACGACCUUAUUGACAUUGUAAAAUCGCACCCUAUAAUUUAUGACAUAAAUGCGAAAGGAUAUCAGAAAAGAGGUCUGAGACGGGAGAAAGCAUGGCAAGCAAUUGCGUGUUCGAUGAAACAAAGAGGUCAUGAUAUUACUGAUAAUGGUUGCAGAAGAAGAUGGAAUAAGUUGAAAUUUGCGUACGCACGUGAUCGAACUUUGCGAAAAAUUGAUGGCAUUUCACCGUUGAGGAGUUCUUGUGCAAAAUAUUUCGACUCCUUAGCAUUCCUUAACCCAUUUCUUUAUGAUUAUAAAGCGCGGUCCAAAAAAGAGCAGCCGAUUGUUUUAGAUAGUGAAUCUGAUGAUGAUUCGGCAAUUAAUUCACGCAUCUGCAGUAGAGGAUCCAGGCAUAGCAGUUCUUUAAACAAUAGGUAA